AUGUGGAACCAGAGCGGCUCGCCGAACUCCAGCGCGCGCGUCCCGGACUACGAGAACGACACCUGGCCCGAGUACCCCGUGCACCUGUUCCCAGCCCCGGUGCUGACGGGCAUCACGGUCACCUGCAUCCUCCUCUUUGUGGUGGGGAUUCUAGGCAACCUCAUGACCAUGCUGCUGGUGUCCAGGUUCCGAGACAUGCGGACUACGACCAACCUCUACCUGUCCAGCAUGGCUUUCUCCGACCUGCUGAUCUUUCUCUGCAUGCCCCUGGAUCUCUUCAGGCUCUGGCAGUAUCGCCCCUGGAACUUCGGAGACCUCCUCUGCAAGCUCUUCCAGUUCGUCAGCGAAAGUUGCACUUACUCCACCAUCCUCAACAUCACAGCCCUGAGCGUGGAGAGGUACUUCGCCGUCUGUUUCCCCCUCAAAGCAAAAGUAGUGAUCACCAAAGGGAAAGUCAAGCUGGUCAUCCUGGUCCUCUGGGCCGUGUCCUUUGCAAGCGCUGGACCUAUUUUUGUCUUGGUUGGGGUUGAGCACGAGAAUGGAACGAACCCCUUGGACACCAACGAGUGCAGAGCUACGGAAUAUGCGAUCAAAUCAGGGCUGCUCACCAUCAUGGUCUGGACCUCCAGCGUCUUCUUUUUCCUGCCUGUGUUUUGCCUGACUGUGCUUUACAGCCUUAUUGGGAGGAAAAUCUGGAGGAGAAAGAGAAAAAACAUGGGACCAAAUACCUCUAUCAGGGACAAGAACAACAAACAAACUGUGAAAAUGUUAGCUGUGGUGGUGUUUGCUUUCAUACUCUGCUGGUUGCCUUUUCAUGUAGGACGAUAUUUGUUUUCCAAAUCCUUUGAAGCCGGAUCCUUGGAGAUAGCUGUGAUCAGCCAGUACUGCAACUUGGUAUCCUUCGUCCUCUUCUACCUUAGUGCUGCCAUCAACCCUAUCCUGUACAACAUUAUGUCUAAGAAAUAUCGAGUCGCCGCUUGCAGGUUGUUUGGACUCAAAUCACUCCCAAAGAACAGAUUCUCUGUUACAAAGCAGGAACAUUCUUGUGCUUGGACAGAAUCUAAUGUGAUUACAUGA